AGUUGCGUAAUUUGACAAGCGCAAAACAAGAGGGAGUGGGCAGCAGACAACAACUGCAUGGUUUCAGCUAUUUGUUCAAAUCAGAAUUAGUCCUAUGCUAAAUUACCCCCCCCCCCUCCCACACACGCACUUUUGCGGACUACUGGACAUAACAUUAUCAGCGUUUAUGGCCACUGACUUAUUAACCAAUGAUGUUUGGGUCGCUCUGGGGCAGGACGCACCCGAACCCUGAAUACCCACUGCACCACCACUAGCGGACAGGCUGAGAGAAGGGCGAGGAAAAUAUCAUAGUCAUGGACAAGUCCUCAACAACAUGAAGAAUACAAUCGGUGAAAGCGCUUAAUUUCACGACUACAAUCUGGUACGGCCAACCUGUGAGAACCUUGGACUUCAGUGACUGAUAAUUCCGAGAUGGACAAAUAUCUGUCACCUCCUCAGAAUAUCCCAGACACCAGACAGCCAACUUUCACGGAGGACCUUGGUUCCCCAUACAGCAUCAACAUGAGUCUCCUCCUACCUGACGUUACCUACCUGUGCCCCAGCCUGUGUCGGCCUAUGAGACCCAUCAAGACAGAGCCUCUCUCCCACUCCCUCAUCCAUCCCAGCUGCCAGUGCAACCCUGGUCCAACAACCCUUCCAGAACACCCUAGGCUUUAUGGCGCUUCGACAGACACAGGAAGAAGUCUGUUCAUUAAACAGGAAAUUCCCUCCCUGGGCUUCCCAGACGUUCCGUUGUUCCAGCUGUUGAACUCUGAGCUGGAGCAGCUGGUGCCCGAUCACCCGGUGAACACCAACCUCCAUAGUAGGGUCCCUAUGUCCUCCUUGUCGGUCCCAUUCAGCAACGUCCACAUACCAUCCCCCCAGAUUGCUGUGAAAUCUAUGGGAAGCCCACAAAAUUUUGUCAAUCGUCUGACAACCCAGUUUGCAAGCCAUUCGCAGCAGCGACCAGACUAUCUUCCUCCGUCCCCACCUAACUCUGAGCCAGGGAGCCCAGACAGAGGGAAAGAGCUGAUUCAGAAUCAUUCUCCGCCUUCAUCUUAUGCAGCCAGUAUUGCCUCGAAACUAAGACCUGGUCUUAGGCCAGUCCAAAGCUCUGGUCUAGGACCAGUUCCGAGCAUCAGUCUUGGACAAAGCCAAAGUUCUGGUCUUGGAACAGGCCAGAACCCUGGUGUUGGGCCAGUGUCCCCAACGUUGGCUCAAUCGGUUCCAGAGAGGUUUAACCGCAGGAAUAACCCUGACCUGGAGAGGAGGAGGAUACAUCACUGUGACAUUCCAGGAUGUAAGAAAGUGUACACCAAGUCCUCCCAUUUAAAGGCCCAUUUGCGGACACAUACGGGAGAGAAGCCGUACCAAUGCUCCUGGGAGGAAUGCGAGUGGCGCUUUGCUCGUUCUGACGAGCUGACACGCCACUUUAGGAAACACACAGGGGCCAAGCCAUUCCAGUGUGUUGUGUGUAACCGCUGUUUCUCCCGGUCUGACCACCUGGCUCUACACAUGAAGAGGCACCGGAGCUAGAGAAGCCCACAUACAGUAUAUCCUUUUUUUAUUAGAUCAAAGUCAAAUGAAACUUUAUGUUAAAUAUACUUAAGUAAAUCUCAGAAACUUUCACAAUGCUAUUGUGCUGACAAUUGUUUCACAGGAUUAGGCUCUCUGUCCUUACUGAGAAAUAAAUGUGGUGCUGAAAUACACAUGAAUAUGUUUUGUUGUACCCAUGUAUCUUACAUUGACUGCAAUAUGGAUGUAGCUUUUCCAUGUAUCUAUUUCAGUAAACGCUUCCAUGCUUUGAUUUUUGAAUAAGCGCACAAAGUUGGAAACAAGCUAAUUUCAGUAUCUCUAUGAUUUAUCUACAGCAGUGUUUCCCAAACCACUGCUCCUGUACCCCCAGCCAUUUCACCUAUUUGAUCUAUUCCAGUACUAGCACACCUGAUUCAACUAAUCAUUUGAUUGUAAGUUGAUGGCCCGGUUUCCCAAAAGCAUAUCAAGGCUAAGUUCAUUGUUAGAACCUUCGUUGGAGCAUCAUUAAAUCUCAGAGCUGUUUCCCAAACCAUCGUUUGUGUGCCAUUAUUCUUUUUUGCCCUCACUUUAUACACAGAAGAUAUCCGCUAAACAUAGAAUCACAUGGUUUAUCCAUUGAAAUACAUUUCAUGUUCAAUUAAUUUAGUUCUAUUUUGCUACUUGUAGGCUACUGUCUGUAAUUUGUCUAAAAAAAUUUCAUGAUGUACCAAAUCUGUGAUUUUAGUGCAUUUUUAUUGGGUAAGCAUUAGAAUAAGCCGCCUCAAUAUUUGCAGUCGUAGGUGGUAAUACUGUUUCUCUCUAUGAGCUGAUCUGUAGUCAGUAUUGUGAAAUUAUUAUGUUAGCAAAAAAUUUGAAUGGAGAAAGCUGAUCCGAGAGUAGCACUCCCUUUCUUUAGAUCCUAUCAGUAUCGACACAUGCUCCAACGACGCACUUAGCGACCGUUCUCUCUGCAUGGUGUUUUGGGAAACGCAUGUUACAUCUUCGAAAAGAUACAUUGUUAAAACACGCGUAAGCCUAAAUUACAUCGUUAUAGAUCGAAAAAGUGAAACAGUUGGGGUUCUCAAUUUACAGUAUUAUCUGUCUUUUCUACUUAGUAUUUGUACUUCAAGGCAAAAUAUUUUAAUAUAUUGCUAUUGACGUAUAAGUAUGACUACGACUACAUUUAUAUCCUGUAUACCAUGUACAAAUGGAAGUCUAAGUAAUAUUUUUCUAAAUCGUGUUUAAGAAUGAUAUCACACAUUAUAGUAUUGAGUAUCUAAGUGCCUUUUGAUGUUUUAUUAAUGAAUUAAAGUAAAAGACAGUCCAUUGACUUGAUUGCUGCAUUUCUUGGCUAUAAAAAAAUAUAAGAUAGUUAGUGUUGUAUAUUUUUUUAAUUUAAUACAUUGAAUAAUAAGAGCUAUCAUUUCAGAUUACGAAAAUGUGUUGAAAUGUAAAUAUUUUGUAUCCUCUGUAUUUCGGAUCUUAUUGUCAAUGUUUUGUCUAUCGCUCCUUUAUACUGUAAACUGGUUUGCACUGAAAUUAAAUUAUGCUAAGUUAUGCUCAAAAAAAUAAUAGUGUUCAGCAUUUUGAAAUGUCAUACUUAUAGGCUAUAAUGGCCAAGCUGUGCCAAGAUUGCUAAGUGAGCAACAAAACAUGAAAAUAAACAGUGUUUGCAAUGUUAUACCUUGGGGAAAGUUAUUUUAUUGUAUUCAAGGUAUGUGUGGAUUGAUAUAGUAUUCACCUGUCAUAGCAACAAAGAAUUUGAACCUGACACCCACUGUGUUGACACUGCUCUGUGAUAAAAGAACACAAAUGAUCCGUGCAGAUCUUUCACAGAUAAUAUUUCAUCUCAUAGUUAAAGGUUAAAAACAUGUUUGUUUUUUAUUGGCACAUAACAUUCCUCUUUCAAGACGUUUGCGCAUUCAUUGGAACCUGAACUAUUGUGUUUGUAAUGCCAUCUGUCAGUUUCUCAUAGAGCAACGCCAACUCUAAGAUUGAUGUACCUUUUAUGUACGAUUAAUUCUCCUGAGGGUGUCACACCCUUGCAAAAUCCAGCUAGCUCUAUGGUAAUUAUAAGGCCAUUAAAACCUACUGCUCACUUAAACAUUUAAACUCCACUUGCCCAACAAACGAUUUACUUCCAUGUUUGUUUUUGUCACGCCCUGACCAUAGCGAGCCUUUGUUUCUCUAUGGUAUAGUAGGUCAGGGCGUGACUGGGGGGUAUUCUAGUUUAUAUUUUCU